UAGAAAAAUUCCCCAUCACGAGCACCACCGCUCACAGUGAAGUCAGCCAUGGCCCUCGCCCUCGCCACGACCCCACUCGCGCACCUCGCCCUCGCCCCGCCUCCGAUCUCCGCCUCCCAGUCCUCGCUGCUGCUGCUCCCGCGCCGCCCGUCGCCCGCCCCCGUCUCCAUCUCCCUACGUUCCCGCCUCGUCGCGGCCGUCGCAACCAAGGAACCAGAGCUCGGCGACGGCGGAUCAGAAGGCGGCGACGGUGCAGGUGGCAGCGGAGGCGGCGGCGGCGGCGGUGACGGUGACCCGAGGGAAGGAGGUCCAGAAGGGGAAGGGGAGGGGGAGGAAGAGAAGAUGGGGCAGGGGCUAUCCAUGUCGCAGAAGCUCACUCUCGCCUACGCCGCGCUCGUUGGAGCUGGUGGUGUGAUGGGAUACAUGAAGAGUGGAAGCCAGAAAUCCUUGGCUGCAGGAGGCAUAUCAGCCCUCAUUCUGUACUUCGUCCACACUCAACUCCCAGUGAGGCCUGUCUUUGCGUCAUCAAUUGGUUUAGGUAUAUCGGCCGCGCUACUGUCAGUGAUGGGGUCUCGCUUCAAGAAGUCCGGGAAGAUAUUCCCAGCCGGUGUCGUGUCCCUUGUAUCCCUGGUCAUGGUCGGAGGCUACUUCCACGGGAUCUUGCGUAGCUCCCAUGCUUGAUACAAUCCGUUGCAGUCACACCAUCUGCACUUCACAUUGCCAUCUUUAUCGUGUUUUCUGUUUCAUGCACUUUGGCACCCCUUUGGUGUUUAGAAUCUGAAGGAACUGUUUCACUUCUUGGUGGGUGUUCUAUUAGUGUGCCCGUCUUCAAGUUUAGUCCAUGUGCUGUGCGUUGUGCGUCUGUGGGACAAAUAACCAUGUGAGCUGUAGUGGUGAAAGACGACCAUUCAUGUACUUGCAAUGUUUUUUGUGCU